CAACAACGACCUGAGAAGUGCUGUUACAGUACCCCUCAACACGUGGACUCAUCAAUGUCAAAGUUGGUCAACAAGCACUGGGACAAUGAAGACCUACUAUAAUGGUACUCUGAUAGGGUCUAAAGGUAAUUGGAACUCAGAUCCAUUAGAAGAGGGGGGUGUCAUCACUCUGGGACAAGAAGCUGCCACCCCACUUCAAGUAGAAGUAUUCGGUGGGCAGCUGAUGAAACUAGAUAUAUUUGGAAAAGUGCUCAGUUCAGAAGAAAUUGCAGAGUUAUACAACGCUGGGAGAUGUUCAGAUGUAGAAAAGAAGCACCAGGAAGUCAGGUUCAUCACCUGGGAGAGCAUCUUGAGUCAGGACAGAACUGGUAAUGUCACAGAAGUGAAUCCUGGGUGUCCUGCUGAAGAAGAAGAGGAGGAAGAAAAGGAUGAUUGUGAGUGUACUCACAGUAUUUGGGACAUACUGUAUGAUCAGACCUACUUUAACCAAACACUGACAACAGAGAAACUGACCGAGCUAAAAUCCACUUGGAACAUGUUGGAACAUUUCGUCGGGACACCGAUCACAGAAAACAUCGUAUCUCAUUACAAAGUCUUCCAUCCUAUGCCUGCAGAGCUAGAGGAAGAGAACGAAGAAAAAGAAGAGGGAGAUUGUGAGUGUUCCCACAGUAUUUGGGACAUGCUAAAUGAUCAGACCUACUUCAACCAAACACUCACCACCGAGAAACUUACCGAGCUAAAUGCUAACUGGAACAUGUUGGAUUAUUUCGUCGGCACACCGAUCACGGAGAAUAUCAUAGCUUAUUUUAAGGCUUACCAUCCUAUGCCGGCAGAGAAAGAUGACAGCAGCUAGAGGAAAGAAAUCAAGGGGGAAGAUUAACUCAUCGGUCCUACUACAAAGUACACUGUUCUCCUUACAGCUGCUUGGUUACUAAUUUGGAGACGAGGAUCUAAUUUUUCUGAUACGUAUCAUGGGAUUAGUCUGAUGUCAGAGCUUUUGUUGCCUUAAUGUUGCCUUAAUGUUGCCUUAAUGUUGUCUUAAUGUUGUCUUAUCGUUUGUUGUCUUAUUGGUGUUUGUUGCGUUAACGUUGGCUUAAUGUUGUCUUAUUGUUGUCUUAAUAUUGUCUUAUUGUUGUCUUAAUGUUGUCUUAAUGUCCCAUCGGUGUUUGUUCAAGUGGCCGAGCUUUUUGAACCCAUUUCCAUUAUAACAGUAACCCGUUUUAGAACAUUCUUAAUAAUUAUCAU